CGAACGCCGUCGCCAAUUUUAACGCCACCCCAGUCAUCACAUUACCGAGAUCAAGGAUCCAGGUCGUGACUGGAAUCUACACUCAGCACCUACAACAAUAAGCACUCCAACCUCCAAUCCAACAAGAUGUCUUACAACAAGCCCGAGAAGGACUUCGGUGAGGGUCCCAAGAUCCACAAGAUCCGAAUCACCCUCACCUCUCGCAACGUCAAGUCCCUCGAGAAGGUCUGCCAGGAGCUCAUCGACCGUGCCAAGAACAAGGAGCUCCGCGUCAAGGGUCCCGUCCGCCUGCCCACCAAGCACCUCAAGAUCACCACCCGCAAGACCCCUUGCGGUGAGGGUUCCAAGACCUGGGACACCUACGAGAUGCGAAUCCACAAGCGUCUUAUCGACCUCCACGCCCCCACCGAGGUCGUCAAGCAGAUCAUCAUCAACAUCGAGGCCGGUGUCGAGGUUGAGGUCACCAUUGCUGCUUAAUCGCUUGCUUUUGGGCAACGGAUACGGAGGAGUGUCACGGGUCUGAGUAGACAAGUGGCAAUGAACAGCUAUAGCAGCUGGGAAUAUGAAAAUAAAAUGAUUAAAUACUCCACACUGUUCUGCACAACGAUGUUGCCCGUUUCUUCUAGUGUU